GUUUCUUACCAGUCUAUAACACGAAGGCAAUAUGAUACACCUAUACAGACGCGUUGGGGAUAGCACAAGUUAAGAUGAAGUCGUAGUAGAGAUAGGUAAAAUGAAACUUAUUAUAUAAAGGCAUAAGGAUAUCGCAACACAAAAUUAGAUAUCGCUGCCAAUCCUCACAACUUGCAAGCUUUACUUAACUUCUAAGACAAUUGAAUAUCUCCAAACAUCUUUCAAGAUGCAGUUCACCACUCUUCUCGCCGCUGCUGUCCUUUCUAUGGGCAUCGAGGCUGCUAGUGUCCCUCGCCAAAACCCAAAUGUCGUCCAAUUCAGCGGCUUCCGCGAGUCUAACUGCAGUGGCUCGAGCUCUACUGGUAUUUAUGUCGUUACCAAGUCUGAGGUAGCCACCUGCCGUCAACUUGCUGCUCCGGCGGCUGGUGUUGGCAGUGUCAGGUCUGCCAACGUAGAGCUAUAUGACGCUGAGGGCUGCUCCCUCGAGUUCUAUCCCACUCCCGACUGCACCGGCGAGAGCCAAGAUAUCGACAAGGAGUCUUGCCUUACUGUUUCCAGCAACACCGACUUCUUCAGUUCUUUUAAGGUUACCUGCUAAAUUGGAUAAAUGGAAUCAAAUACGCCGCCGUCGAAAUCACAAACCAACUAGCCGACCACAGUUCGGUAUGAUAUUCGGUACAUAGUACUUGGAGAAUUGUUUGUUAGGAUGGGGAUGACAUAGUGCCUGAUAUCUAAUUGUUACACGCUCUUUUAAGUAGUUACAAUCUCAUGUUUUUCGAGUUGGAUAUGGCGUAAUAACGAAUCAGCAUAUUGUGAAC